UGGUAGCCUGUAAUUUCAAGGUUCUAAAUCACGUUGUGUUUUAUAUCGGAGGUAUAUAUUUCACAUAUGAAGAAGCCAGUGCAGAUUCGAAAGAAGCGUGGUAGUAGUACGCUACUUUACUAAACCACGCCCAAAUAUAUUGCAAAUAUCACCGAAAGAUAGAAAAUUAUAGGCUACUUAGACGUUACCUUAAAUUAAUGCUAGGAGUAAGUAUAUUUUCUACCUUCAACCUUGUGCGGACGCCAGGCGCAGGUUCAGGUACUCGGAAGUCGGAAUCGUCAUCGAUCGUAGGUGGUUAUCUUGCAGUUAUCUUGUGGCCACCCGCAAAUUAUGGCUUUGUCGCAGCCUACCUGCACCCAACUAAUUCUCACGCGGUCAUCACCCUUAGAACGGCAACGAGAAAGGGCAAAAAUAUCAAAACGAAAAUAAAAACAUACAACAGCCGGGAUUCGCUGGUGGUCACCCACCCAACUACUAACCGGCCGGCGUGUGGCUUAAGUACGGCUGAGCGGACGGGAAGCCCUGUUCUCCACACCCUAUGGUCGUAUGUAUUAGAUUUAAUAGAGCAAAAAUAUAUGAGGCAACUGUGAGUGCACAACACACAAGAGGAUGAGCCAUCACCCAACAUCAUACAGUGCUGCGCAACUCCAACUCUUUGAUAUCCUGAUAGUGUCACGGGCUCGGACCAGUAGAUACUAAUAAAAUGACAUUCCUAUCUAAACCAGU